CGGGCGUUGUCGUCCUUGUAUGCCGUCCUGAUCUGCCGUCCGAUCACUGCUGUUCGCUACCGUUCCCCGCCGUUCGCUGCCUCUCCUCUCCUGUGUCCGGCGCAUGGCUUGUUGCAGCCGAGGGUAUCCACUGGCGAGGGGCAACGGCCGUUGUUUCAUCGCAUCGUCCAUCCCGCAACCCGCCACCCGCUCUCUCCCCGUCGCUCUCCCCCAUCGCCCUCCAUCAUUGCCCGCCUGCGUCUACGACCGAUGGAUCUCGCACAAUACAUUUUCCACGAAAAGCAAGAGGGAGCCCUCUGUGCACAACAUGCGCUGAACUCGCUGCUUCAGGAACCCAUCUUCAACGCUGUCGAUCUCGCCGAGGUCGCCGUCAAGGUCGAUGAGCUCGAACACAAUGCGGUUCGCCAUAGCGGCGGCAAUCACCAGGACAUUGCCCGAUAUCUGCACCAACGCUCCUCGAAUUACGAUGAUACUGGAUAUUUCUCAAUCCAGGUCAUCAUGAAAGCACUCGAGCCCUGGAGUUUGACCCUGGUUUCUGUCGCUGCCACCCGCGAACAAGAGACCUUGAGACACCCGGAGCAUGAGCGUGCCUUUAUCCUGAACCUGGAUAGUCACUGGAUGGCCCUGCGGAAAUUUGGGAUUCAACGUCCACGAUGGUUCAAUCUUGAUUCGACCCUGCACGCCCCACAGCCCAUCUCGGACACCUAUUUGGCAAUGUUGCUCAUGGAGUACCGCGACAGGGGCUACUCCGUUUUUGUCGUUCGCGGCGUUAUGCCUGACUGCCAAGCGGACAAAAUUGCCGACGAGGGCCCUGGCUUUCAAGAGCGUCGCUGGACCGAGCAGGAAGAGUUCGAGCUUGCGCUUGCCAUGAGCCUCGACGAGCAGCAGCAGCACGAAGAAAGGCUGCGACGAGAACAGCCCCAGCGGCACAACGUGUACGAGUACGAUGAUUUUCACCAGCCCGAUGAACAGGCUUUCAGGCCCUUUAAUGACGAUCAGCAACAUGCAAAUGCAAGAUCGCGCCGGUAUUUUCCAGAGCCUGAGCCGCCCCGCGAUCUGGUUGCCGGACAUGGACUCGAUUGCUUUGGGCCAGAAUGGCGACCUGUGUCUGACGACGACCCCCCUCUGAGCAAUGAGCCAUCAGUCCGCGAGCGACUUUCGCCACCCGCGAUCCAUCGGCAACCCGGAACCAGUUACGGUGGUCACGACAGCUAUUACGACGCCGAUGAUUAUGAUGACGAUUUUGAUGAUGAUCAUGAUGUCUAUGUUGGCAACGAGCGAAAGGCGUACGACACUCGCCUACCCAGCCAGGAGCAGCACCGUCCUCCGCCACUGGAUCCAAGCCACGGGGAGCCGCAGAGACAGCACCCUGCUGCCGUUAACGCGGGGCGAGAGCCGCUUCCGGACCCUUCGAGACAGCCUCCCCGUGAGGAGCCAGCACUCGAGCGGCAGCCAUUGGAAUAUCCUUCUGAUCGCCAAGCGCCUUCGGUCCAGACCGGAGACGGCUCGGCCGAGCUGACCGUGGAGGAGCUGCGCCAGCGCCGCCUCCAGCGACUUGCUCGUGACAACCACAGCCAGCAGAAAUGAAAUUUCGGCGAUCCUCUCCAGGAGUGUGGGUGUCGCUCGGGGCGCCGCUGCAUUUCGAAUACAUGGACGCUGUGUGGGCUACAUACCAGUCGGUCGCACCGCAAUGCAGCAACAGGGAGCGGUGCUAUUUGAGUGGUGAAUGAGCGUCUAUUCAAAUCCAAAAGUCGGCUGGGCCGGCAAAGUCG